GCGAAUUAGUCGAGUCCUAGACUUUGGGUGGUUCACCGCUAGGUCACUGGGUGACUCGGUGAUAGGCAAAGUCCAGGUCUAGACUCUGGGUGGUGGGUGACUCAGUGAUAAGCUGAGUCCAGGUCUUGACUCUGGGUGGUUCACGGCUAGGCACUGGGUGACUCAAUGAUAGGCAAAGUCCAGGUCUAGACUCUGGGUGGUGGGUGACUCAGUGAUAAGCUGAGUCCAGGUCUUGACUCUGGGUGGUUCAUGGCUAGGCACUGGGUGACUCGGUGAUAGGCAAAGUCCAGGUCUAGACUCUGGAUGGUGGGUGACUCAGUGAUAAGCUAAGUCAGGUCUAGACUCUGGGUGGUUCACGGCUAGGCACUGGAUGACUCCGUGAUAGGCAAAGUCCAGGUCUAGACUCUGGGUGCUGGGUGACUCAGUGAUAAGCUAAGUCAGGUCUACACUCUGGGUGGUGGGUGACUCAGUGAUAAGCUAAGUCCAGGUCUAGACUCUGGGUGGUUCACCGCUAGGCGCUGGGUGACUCAGUGAUAAGCUAAGUCAGAUCUAGACUCUGGGUGGUUCACCGCUAGGCGCUGGGUGACUCGGUGAUAAGCUAAGUCAGGUCUAGACUCUGGGUGGUUCACCGCUAGGCGCUGGGUGACUCAGUGAUAAGCUAAUUCAGGUCUAGACUCUGGGUGGUUCACCGCUAGGCGCUGGGUGACUCAGUGAUAAGCUAAGUCAGGUAGACUCUGGGUGGUUCACCGCUAGGUCGCUGGGUGACUCAGUGAUAAGCUAAGUCAGGUCUAGACUCUGGGUGGUUCACCGCUAGGCGCUGGGUGACUCGGUGAUAAGCUAAGUCAGGUCUAGACUCUGGGUGGUUUACCGCUAGGCGCUGGGUGACUCAGUGAUAAGCUAAGUCAGGUCUAGACUCUGGGUGGUUCACUGCUAGGCGCUGGGUGACUCAGUGAUAAGCUAAGUCAGGUCUAGACUCUGGGUGGUUCACAGCUAGGUGCUGGGUGACUCAGUGAUGGGCUAAGUCCAGGUCUAGACUCUGGGUGGUUCACCGCUAGGCGCUGGGUGACUCAGUGAUAAGCUAAGUCAGGUCUAGACUCUGGGUGGUUUACCGCUAGGUGCUGGGUGACUCAGUGAUAAGCUAAGUCAAGUCUUGACUCUGGGUGGUGGGUGACUCAGUGAUAGGCUAAGUCCAGGUAGAAUCUGGGUGGUUCACCGCUAGGCGCUGAGUCACUCAGUGAUCCUUAACUCUUCAAAAGAAAAAUGAGUUUAGUCGUUUAGUUUAGAUAGACGCGAACACACCUUUUUUUCCACUGCCUACAUCCGAGCCAGCACGGUUCCCUUAACGGCACGGGGUGGGGUUUUGUUGUCAUUGCUCCACUGGGGGUGUUAGCCGUGCCGGAACCGGAACCGAACCGUGAUACGCCGCCGGCCUCAUAUUUGAUCUGGCUGCCGCCUGAUGAUGCCCGGUGUCAUCACUGGCGAAACGUGCAGGACAUUACUAGACAUUGGGUGACUUAACGCUAGGCGUGGGGUGAGUUAGUGCUAGACAUUGGGUGACUUAACACUAGGCGUGGGGUGAGUUAGUGCUAGACAUUUGGCAUGGCGUUACAGUGCUGAGCAUGGGGUGGGAUAGCGUUGGCAAUGUUUUUAUUUAGGUUUUAGGGUCAGGUCAACCACUGUGUGUGUGUGUGGGUCUGUCCCACUGUGUGUGUGUGUGUGGGUUUGUCCCACUGUGUGUGUGUGUGUGUCUGUCCCAAUGUGUGUGUGUGGGUCUAUCCUACUGUGUGUGUGUGUGCGGGUCUGUCCCACUCUGUGUGUGUGUCUGUCCCACUCUCUGUGUGUGUGGGUCUGUCCCACUGUGUGUGUCUGUCCCACUGUGUGUGUGUGUGUCUGUCCCACUGUGUGUGUGGGUCCGUUUGGUACAGAUAUAAUGGGAGGCUGAUCGACGCCCGGGUGCGAUCAAGGGAUGGCUCCCUAUUGGUCAACCACGUUAUGUAUGCCGAUGAUUUGGUAAUAGCUGCUCAUUCAGAAGAGGAGUUGGAGGCGCUGCUGCUGAGACUGGAGCGUGCCACUAAGAGGUGGGGCCUUACCAUCAGCCCCACCAAAACCAAGCACCUGCCUGGGUAUUUUGUACCAUCGGACACUCCACCCCCACAACUCCCAAUUGGUGAUGGGGCAGUUGUGGAGAGAGUGGAGAGUUUCCCAUACCUGGGCAGUGUGCUUAUGACCGGCUCCAGUUUAUCAGCAGAGGUCUCACUCAGAAUCAGUCGAGCGGCAAUAUCUUUUCAUCGGUUGCGUAACGCUGUGUGGAAGCUACCUGGUCUGUCGCUCCGCACGAAGCUUCAGGUCUUCUCGGCCACGGUCAUUCCCUCCCUUCUCUACGCUUGCGAGACGUGGACCCCCCUGGUGGAGCAUCUUCGCCGGUUGGAAACAUUUAGGCUGGCCUGCCUACGAUCCAUCCUGGGUUUAACCAGGCUGGAUUGUGUGAGGAGCUCACAAAUCCUUGAAAGAUCUGGGCAAAGUCCCAUCGGUGAGCACCUCCGGCAGGCAAGGCUGCGUUGGCUGGGUCAUGUAGCCCGCAUGCCCAGCCACCGCAUGCCUAAACAGCUUUUGUUCGGCCGGAUCGAGGGGGCUAGACGGGCGCGGCACGGGCUGGAGAAGAGAUGGAGUGAUGUGGUACAGGAGGACGUGGAGCUGAGUGGACUUGCCGAUGACUGGUACCAGCGGUGUCAAGAUCGGCCUCAGUGGAGGAGGCUCGUGAAGGACGCUACUGGGCAGUUGGAGGCAGUCGCCCUCCAACAACAACGGAGGGCGGAGGAGCGACGCUCACAACAACGAGCGGAGCGCCGGGUGGCUAAAGCACAGCAAGUUGGCACAGUAGGGGGCACAGGUGGUGCAUCAGCCAGUCAUCUCGGUCAUCUCGGUCAGUCGACCAGUGGCACCUGGGUCUGCCCCGUGACCUCCUGCCAGCGGGCUUUCGACACUUCACGUGGCCUCAAGGUGCACUUGGCCUGGCACAAGCAUCGUGGUGACGUCACCGCCACUUAGUGGCGAAUGGCGGUUGUUGUUGUGGGUCUGUCCCGUGACAAGCGAACCUUCACGACACUUCACGUGGCCCUCUCGAAGUGCACCUAGCCUGGCACAAGCGCCGUGGUGACGCCACUGCCACUCAGUGGUGAACUCCGUCUGUUGUGGAAAGAGGGCAGUUAGAAUGUCACGUGCAAGCGAAAUUCAACGUGUUGUACUGUAUUUGUAUGCUACUACGUCCAUGCUCCCCGCUACCACCAACCCGCGCUGACCAUUGCGAUGAGGUGUGGUCAAAUAACCCCCCAAGGUCACCUGCAGUCCGCGGAGAUAGGCAGUCAUCCAGCAGUGGCGUUGACAAGAGGUUUGCGCGCACGUGGAUUGUACAAACCUUGCUUCAUCUUGGUUGUCAAACACAGUGGGGGUCUCUCUCCCUCUCUGCUUAGCAGCUGGGAUUACAAUAAUUAGUCCGUAUUCUGGAUUACAACCCCCACCACCACUCCCUCCACCGCGUAUUUUCAAAUGUGAAAGUCGAGGGCGCAGUGGUUCGUAUAAUUGCGGAGAAUACGGUGAACGUUCGCGAAACAAAAUUACCGAGCCAAGACGGCACACGACGACGUCUCAUUAACUCAAAGCACUGAUUAGACUAAUGGACGAGUUGAGGUCUUAAUUGCAUUGCACAUCAAUUAGCGGCAAUCAGCCAUCGGGUUUGAUAAUAUAAUUAAACAAGCACAAAACUGCUAUUGGAGGUAAUGAAUGCGGUAUCGGUGCGCUGAGUCACUGGAGCAUUCUGUGGAUGAACGAGUGAAUGGAAAUCAGUCGGUCACGUCUCAGAAGCCGAGCGGGGAUGAGCUUGGACAUUUCUUGGAUGGGGUAACGAUAUCAACAACAACAGCAACCACCCCCACCGCCACCACGGAGGCAUGCCAGGUCGUGAUAUGUGGCUAAGGAUCUGUGGUGCGUUGCGGAAAAUUCACGGGGCGAAUAGAGAUGGGGGUGGUGGGGGAGUUGUUUGAUAAUUAUUUUUUUCAACCCCUUUUAAAUAUUAUAUUUGGUAUAAAACUAACUCUGGGUCGCUUCUGUCCGUGUGUGUGUUUGUACGUGUGUAUUUGUACGUGUGUGUGUUUGUGGGUGUGUUUGCACGUGUGCGUGUGUUUGCACGUGUGUGUUUGUACGUGUGUGUGUUUGUACGUGUGUGUUUGUACGUGUGUAUUUGUACGUGUAUGUGUGUGUAUUUGUACGUGUGCGUGUGUCUGUACGUGUGCACAGAGGAGCGACGCUCACAACAAUGAGCGGAGCGCCGGGUGGCUAAAACACAGCAAGUAGGCACAGUAGGGGGCACAGGUGGUGCAUCGGGCCAGUCAUCUCAGUCAGUCCACCCAUGGCACCUAGGUCUGUCCCGUGACCUCCUGCCAGCGGGCGGUCGACACUUCACGUGGCCUUAACGUGCACAUAGCCUGGCACAAGCGUCGUGAUGAUGUCACCGCCACUUAGUGGCGAGUGGCGGUAGUUGUUAGACGUGUGUGUGGGGGGGUGGUGCAACAGUUAGCGCGCUGCGCUACGAACCCAGCGAACCGAGUUCGAUUCCCGUUCACGGCCAACACCAGUGGCGAUUAUCUGAACGGGUCCUGGGCCUCCCCUAGGUCGACUCAGCCUCAAAUGAGUACCCGGUGCGAUGCGUAAACAUCGCCACUGGGGAGACAAAGGCGGCCGGGCGUGGUGUGGGCCACCCACCCCCUCGUGUGCCCUGGCGGCCUUCACAGGUGCUCGCUAACAGCACUUGCCCCCAGAGUCUGUUAAGGCUAUACGGGGGAUCUUUGUCUUUGCUUUUUGUACAUAUCACAGCUGCGGUGAUUAAUAAAUUAGCUGUCGGGUGGUUAAGGAGUCUCACAUUGCCAUAUGACACUCAUACAAACGGGUUCGUGUUUAUAAUAAUAAUAACAUAAUAAUAAUGAUCAUACGACAAGGCGAGAUGGAUGACAUUCAGCACUGGUUAGAUUCCUGCUGGGCAGUGCCAGGUUGCUGCUGCUGCUGUUGUUGUUGUUGCUUUGCAUCUGCUGCUAUUGUCUUUUCCACUGGCACAUCCGGGCCAUCACGGCACGGGUGUUGUUGUUUUUUUAUCUCCUUCUAUUGGGGCUGUUUGCCGAGCCGAGCCGGAGACAUCUCGUGCUGGCUCGGGGCCAAAUCAGGGCCAGGGAUGACUCGUUCAGUUGCUUCAUUGAAUCUGGAAUAUUCCGGAUCACAGUUCCCAGGAAGUUAUUAUAUAUAUAUUUACUGCCACAUCACAUCCAUCCACGCCACAUCAAAUUUGAUGAACAUGAGUCUGCUCAUCGGUCACAGUAAUAUAGGAGUAUUAUUCAUAAGAAUACUAGUGUGCUCUCGUGGUAGUGCCUUAACCCAAUAAUUGCUACUUCAAGCACAGGCAGGCGAAAGGGCAGCGUUCCUAGAGAGGUGGGGGUUGGGUGAAAUCUUGAGCAAAAAGUUACGCUCCGGUGACGAUCGCUUCGCGAAGCAAUGUGUGUUCUUUUUAAACAUCGUGCAACUAGUGGCCGAAUCACACUCGGCUUCAAUAACAUCAUCCGAUCGGAUGAGCGGGGCCUAAGUUCGCUUGGACAGGACACUUGGCUGGAAAGGACGAUGGACAACAACAACAACAAUCAACAACAACAACAACAAUAAUCAACAACAACAACAACGGGGUGGCAGCCAAGGGAUGGAACGCAUCCCGGGAGUACGUCUCGGCGCGGAGGAGAUGGAGCGAUGGAAUCAGCUCGUCGUGCAGCCGCUGGAUGGAUCGUCGUAUCGCAAGCGGAUCGUGCGACGUGGCGGUGAUGGCGGCGGCGGCGGCAGGGGCUUGGGGUUGACCAUCAUCCAGCAGUAGAUUGACCAUGGCUGCUGAUGACGAUGAUGAUGAGUGAUGAAUAAGUAAAACAACUAAAAACAUCUUGUGAUGUUUACUGCCCCGUGAGCUUCAAAAAAUAAUCGAUUGUAAUCGACGUCAACCGAUGCGCCGUUGCAAUCCCUCGUUGUGAAGUCGCCUCCACACAUCACCCACGAGGCGAGCGCUCGAAUCGCCCCCCGAAACUGCAUAACUCGAUCGCCUGCAGCAGAAACAUUAAAAACCCCCACGGCUUUUUGGUGACCCCCCCCCCCUCCCCGAGUGAGUAGUCACCCAGCAAAGGCAAAUCGCAGUUCAAUUGCAUCCAACCGUGUUGCGCGACUGUUCGCAAGCAGUUGCAGAGGCGCCCGCGUAUGAGAGAUCAAUUUGCAUGCAACCGGGUUGAAUGCAACCGAUUGCAUGCAACCAGUCGCACAGAAAAGUCCACACGUAAGCUGCUCAAUUGCAUGCAACCGUGUUCCGCGACUGUUCGCAAGCAGUUGCAGAGGCGUCCGCGUAUGAGAUAUUAAUUCGCAUGCAACCGGGCUGUAUGCAACCGAUUGCAUGCAACCAGUCGCACAGAAACGUCCACACGUAAGCUGCUCAAUUGCAUUCAACCGUGUUGCGCGACUGUUCGCAAGCAGUUGCAGAGGCGCCCGCGUAUGAGAGAUCAAUUUGCAUGCAACCGGGUUGAAUGCAACCGAUUGCAUGCAACCAGUCGCACAGAAAAGUCCACACGUAAGCUGCUCAAUUGCAUGCAACCGUGUUCCGCGACUGUUCGCAAGCAGUUGCAGAGGCGUCCGCGUAUGAGAUAUUAAUUCGCAUGCAACCGGGCUGUAUACAACCGAUUGCAUGCAACCAGUCGCACAGAGUCGUCCACACGUAAGCAGUUCAAUUGCGUGCAACCGUGUUGCGCGACUGAUUGCUCGGCCGGGCGCGGACGCGGCUUGCGUGGAUUAAUCGAUUGGCUAUGAUUGCGCUGUCCGCCACGAUGUGAACGACACGAUGAUUAAUACAUCGUCGGUAGUCCGAUGUGGUGUGUCGGAUGUGGGAGGAAAAAAACGAAAGUACAACAAAAAUCGUUUCGGGCGGUCGCCGACUCGCCUACUCACCGGACGGACAGACGUGGCUGACAUUAAGCCCUGGGCAUCGUGGGAGUUAAACAAAAUUUGGUAUUCAUCUUAUUGGUUCUUUCAGUAAAGUCACGUAGAAGGGAAAUAAUAAAAUAAUAAAAAUAAAACAUUAUAAAAUAUAAUAAAAAUAAAACAUUAUAAAAGAAAUGUAUUAUUUCCCUUCUACGUGACUUUACCGAAAGAACCAAGAAGACGAAUCCCUGCAGUCACGAAAGCUUUAAAUCGAAAAUUUGAUAUUUUUAAAGUUCGUGAUCAAUAGGGAUCAGGACAAUGGCCAGCCCCCAGUUUCAUCCCAGGCGUGUCACGGGCGCCGAUUUGUGGCUUCCCCGCAGCGGUUUUGUCCCGGACUCGCUUCAGUCAGUGAUCAUCGGCACGGCGGUAGCCCUUGGCGGCUAUUAGCCGUCGCCUCUCUCACUGCCGCGAGUGUUCGCGGAGGUGGUCACUGGCUCCGGGUUGCAUCCCCGCCCGACGCCGAACUCGCAUUUCACGAGAUUUUGGCAGACUUUCUCUCCGCCCUGAAAAAAAAAUCUCGAGACGCGGCCAAUGACUUUCCUCGGCGAGAGACAGAGGCGUUGCCCUGCAAUUGCUCGCUCACGUCACUGCCGAUGGCAAGGGGCCUCCACCAUAGCGAACCCAAGCAUGGUGGGGGGCGAGGUGAAGGGGGUGUAUUUGGGCUACCAGACAGGUUUCAAGAGGUGAGGAGUUCCCACUCUCUACCCCACCACGUACGCGACCUGCCAAUCGACUCGUGAUGUUACCCAUCUGACACUGCUACGUGGACAGAGGUGGCGGUGGUGGGUGGGCGGAUGAGCGGGUGGGCACGGUUGAGAAAUUGACGUAAUUGUUUCAACUGCAGCGCCGAGAAAUUGCAUCGAACCGGCGACCUCUGGAUUUAAAAUCCACGACACCUUGGCAGGAUCCGCUGCUACACGCUCGGGGCAGGUUUAGGACAACACUUUGCUGGCAAUUGUCACUGGCUACGCUAGUUUUUUUUUAACUACGAGGCAACUGUUGCAAAGCAAUCCAUGGUCAAACAGCCCCCCCCCCUCCGCCACCGUUGCGGCGUGCUACCCGUUACCUGGUGAAAUUGGCGUGGGGGUGUGUGCGAAAGAUGCGUCGUGGGGGAGGAGCAGGGCCGGAUCAAGAUUGUGUAGGCCCCUGGGCAACAGGUACUCUGAGCCCCCGAUAAACUUUUCAAAAGGAAAACAAAGUUCAAGAAAAAUAAAAUUGUAUUUUCUUACAAGGCUGACAACAAAUAAAAUGCAGCAUUCACAAGUGAAACUACUUUUCACAUAAUCUCUGGAGGCACUCCAGCCGGCGUAACCCCUUAAGCCCCGUGCCUUAAUCCGGCCCUGGGGAGGAGAGAAAAUGUGGAACUGGGUUCGGAGGAUCCGCUGGGACUGGAGUUGAGUUGGAGCCGAAAGGGCCGCGAUUUGGGCUUUUGUGUGUUUUGGGUCGCGGGAAUUAAUUUCUACCGAGAUCUGGCAGCGACGUCGUGUCGAACUUGUCUGCGGUCCACUGGAGCCGAUUUGAUGAUAGACAUCGGGCUGACUGAGAAAUAUUGUCCGGGUUUGGACUGUGGGAAAAUGUGGAGAUCUUGCCACUCAGCCACCCAUGAGAACAGGUUUUCCCCUUUUUCUGGCAGCAAAACAGGUGUUAAGAUGUUAAAACAACAAACAGAAAACUUUUACAAGGAAUCAUGUGAGCAUUAACCACAAUACUUGUGGUCAGAAUGCAAACCAAAAACAUACUCUGAUACCAUUUGCAUUGUCUUUGAAAUUGAUUGGUCCACACCAGAGACAGUUUUUUUUCGAGCCUCGUCUCAAACGGUAUUAGACCAAAAGACGCCAAAACCUAUUCUCAUAUUUUGGUACUGGCAAAGGAAAUCCUAUGAUGUAGCUACUCACCCACCCACUUACUCAUCCACUCACUCCCUUACCCACCCAGCCAGUUGCUCACCCACUCAGCCAUUCACUCACCCACUCAUUCACUCACCCACCCAUUCACUUAUCCACUCAGCCAUUCACUCACCCACUCAUUCACUCACCCACCCAUUCACUUAUCCACUCACUAACUUACCCACUCAGCCAUUCACUCACCCAUCAUUCACUCACCCACUCAUUCACUCAUCCACUCAGCCACCCACUCACCCACUCGCCAACUCACUCACCCACCCACCUCAUAGGGUUGCCACCCGUCCGCGAAUUGGCAUCAGCGUUCGGGUGUCAAUAAUUGAUGUUGUUUUGCAUUUCGUUGAACUUGAUAACGAACCUAGGUGGGUGCUGACUGUGGAUCAGGUGGGCAACCCCGAGCCCUGCAGGACACCACGGGGCGAAAACCUCCCGAUAUAAGAUGUGGGGCCAUGUUGGCAGCUAUACUAUCACUGUUUAUGUCACGAUGGGUUAGUUAGUUGUAUUCGUUUAACGUACGCAUACAUUUUUUUAAAAAAAUGAGCUGUAUUUCUCUAGCUAUAUUUAAUUGUUGGGGUUUUUUUAUAUUCAAAUAUAUAAAUGAGAAUCAAAAACGUUAAAAUGUGAAUGAAUGGAGAGGCUAGCUUAUAUAACUUGCAGUAUCAAUAUUUAUAUGUACACAGUCGUUUUAAAAAUUAAAAGCAAAAGUAGCGUUUGCUAUAUUAAGUCGGUACGCAUCGUGUUUUAAUAACGUAGCUUAAUCGAUGUCCGACUUCACCCGCGAGUUCAUUAUUAACUGGAAUGAAAAC